CCGCCGGGGCAGCGCCGGGCCCGCUGCGGGCCGUGCGGGGGAUGUAGCGCUCAGCACCGCGGACAGCGGCGGGGCCGGGGGGGGGGCCGCGGCGGGGACACACACACACACACACACACACACACGACACGACACCCCCACGCCAUGGCCAGCGUGCAGCAGGGCGAGAAGCAGCUCUUCGAGAAGUUCUGGCGAGGCACCUUCAAAGCCGUGGCCACGCCGCGACCCGAGAGCAUCAUCGUGGCCAGCAUCACGGCCCGCAAGCCACUGCCCAGCGGGACGCUCAGCUGCCUGCCGUACCCUGCGGAGGACAGACAUCCCGAAAAGCUGAGCGGCCGCACGGUCAGGGAGGCCUCCACCACCAACGGCUGUGUGAAAGGGAAGGAGAGACGAGACCAUGCUCGCUGCAGUUCGCGCAGCCCCUCAUGCGAUGAGGAGCGUGCGCCGCCACCGCCCCGGGGAAAGAAGAAGAAGAAGAAAUCUGGCCGCAAGAAGCGAAGGAGGUCUCCCUCCUACAGCCCCUCGCCUGUGAAGAAGAAGAAGAAGAAAAGCUCCAAGAAGCGAAAAAGAAACAGGUUAUCCUCAAAGAAGAGAAGACACAGUUCUUCAAGCCCCAAAAGUAAGAGAAAGGAAGAAAGAAAACACAAAAAACACUCCCGUGGGCGCACCCGGAAAUCUCAUCGCCAUCGUCACCGCCACUGCCACUCUCGCUCCGAGAGCUCAGACUCCCACUCCCCCCGCUGCCGAAGCAGGCACAGAGCCAGGUCUCAGGAGGAAGGGCGUAAAACACGGCGAAGACGCUCCCGGCACCAUUCAAAGGUCACGGCAAAGCGAAGCUCCUCUGCAGAGGUUCAGGCCAGCCAAAAAGCCAGCCAAACCCUCCCGUUCUACAGCUUCCUGUCUACUAAGGAAGUAAUCUCUCAGUCAGGGUCUUCUGCUGACCUCUUUACCAAAACAGACAGCCCGCCUGGCAACCUUGCCAGCCAGAACGGAGAGUAUCAUGAAUAUGACUCAGGAAACGAUACUUCCUCCCCUCCCUCCACUCAAACGAGCUCAUCCAGGUCAAAGGACAGCCAGGAGAAAAGAAGUCUAGUCCAUGAUGGCUUUGGCCAUGCCUUCUCGUCCGGGAAGCCCAAACUGGCCAACAGCGAUAACAGCUCUGAUUCAGGAAAUUCCUUCACCAGUUGCUUUUCCCAGACCAAGGGAACAGCUUUGGAAAAUCUGUCUCCAGAUGCCCAGGGACAAGACCGAAGAGGGUGCCUGUCCUUGUGUCUCAACUCUUCAGAGGAGAAGAAGCAAAACUUCCUCCCGUCCCCAGCUCACAGCUCCCCGUUAAGGCCAUGCUCCCGCAGCGAGUCGUACACCAGCACAGGCAGAUCGUCCCGUGGUUCCAGCCGCUCCAGCCAUUCCCGUUCCUCACACCACAAGGCCUCUCCCAGGUACUCCCGAAGCAGAUCCUGCUCUUCAGGAAAGAGGUCUUCUUCACGUUCCCCCAGCUAUUCCUCCAAAUCCUGCAAAAAAAGUCCUGGGAGCAGGAGUUCAAGGCCUCGUCGGAGCCCCAGUUACUCCCGCUACAGCCCUAGCAGAGACCGUGAGCGAGAGCACAAGUAUGGCUCCAGUGAGAAGGAGUCGCACAGGGAGCGUGACCGGCGGCGGCGGCAGCGGUCCUAUUCACCCCUGAGGAAACGCAGAAGAGACUCUCCCAGCCACCUUGAAGCUCGGCGCAUCACAAGUGCCCGAAAACGCCCCAUCCCCUACUACCGUCCCAGUCCCUCCUCCUCCAGCAGCGCCAGCAGCUAUUCCUCCUGGUACAGCAGCUUUAGCCGCUCCCCGAGCAGGAGCCGGAGCUACUCCAGCUACCGGACAAGCCGGACCCGAAGCUGGAGCAGCAGCAGCACCGAGGGCAGGAGCCGCAGCCGGAGUUCGGGCCCCAGGAGCAGCCGUAGCCGGAGUUCGGGCCCCAGGAGCAGCCGGAGCAGGAGCUAUGACUCAGGAGGCAGCUCUGACAGCUUACGUCGCUAGGGAGUGCCGCCGAUGGCUCGUGUGCCGGCGUCGCCUCCAAAUUCCUGGCAUUCUCCGCUUCCUUCCCACCUACCUGGCCAUCGAUAACGAUCAUCCCCGAUACUGAUGUGGUGGCAGUACUGGGUCUCCCUUCCCCGGUUUGGAGUAAGAGCCCCCGUGCGCCCAGCACAGCCCAUUUACUGCCUCAUGGAGAAGGUGGAUCCAUCCCAGCUUCCCAGGCCAGGGCUGGAAGAAGGGUCGGUGCUUUACAGAGGGUCUGUCACAACAGACCUGCUCCAUCCUGCCUGACAUCCCCGUCUCCCUAUCGCUGCUGCUCUCCAAAGCACUACCAGCUGCUCCAAAGGAAAGAAUUCAGCUCCUUGCUCUUCGGACAAACCAGGAGCCAGCAAAUUAAUUUCUGUUGGAGGGAGAGACACAGGGAGGAAUUUGCUGGGAAGCUUUGGUGAUGCGUUGGGGGUGACCUGUCCCCACCAAGGCAAACAUCACGUCUCGGGUUUCUCCUCCAGAGUUUCUGGCCACUCUGCAGCAGGCCUCUUCCAUGAGAGAAUAUUUGUUUAUUGCCAGUCAACCAGUCCCUGCUAUAAAUAGAAGGUUAGAAAUCCCCCCCUGACGUAAUUUCCAGGGAAAAAAAAAAAAAGGCCAUUUCCUCUCUUUCUCCCACCCUUUCCUACCAGGUAUGCAUCAUCUUUUGCGGGGUUGUUUUUCCCCAGCGCUAUGACUUGCUUGCAAACAAGCUGCUAAAGUCUGCAGCAGAUGUGGGGCCGGUGGGGUACAAGGGAGAGGGGAGCUGGUGCCACGUUGCACUCCAAGGGUCAGACCAUGGCACGGGAGGUGGCGGCCAUGGGAUUCCCUCCUCAGAGGAACCCUCUUGCGGUUUGGAUUUAGGUUUUUCCAAAGGGAUCCUUGUCCUUGGAGUACAACGCUGGUGGGACUGUAAGGAGAUAGCCUGGCUGUGGGGUGUAGUGAGAGCGCGCAGGUUAAAAGGGCAUUGCAUGAGGCAGGGGACCCCAAUUCCCCUUCCUAGGACAGGCAGCAAUUUUUUUAAGCAGUGCCUGGGGCACUUCAAGCAAUUAUUUCUCCUCGAGAGCCCCGGGCUCCCCCUGAGGCAGCCACUGCAGCCCCCGCGCAGGGCUGGUGCAGAGCUUGGGCAGGAUGCACUCCUGCCCCAGUUUGUUGCAGGGGGACAGAAAGGGUCCCCCUCUAAUUGCCUGUUUUUCCAAGAAGCCGCAGGCAGCGGCAGGAGGGCCCUGCCUGCCCAGGCGGCCCUGGGCCCUGGGGUUUUGUUUCCCUGCCAGCCCAGCUGCCUGCGCAAUUACUGUGUUUUGCAGGGUAACAAAGGCUUCCACCAGCACAGGCUGAGCUGGUGCUGAGGAGUUUCUUUCUCUUACAACACCUGGGUGCUUAGAGACGCUAAUUUGGGUUUAGGACUUCCCUCCCUCCCUGUUUCCAUCCCCUCCCCUUCCAUCCUGCAUGAUUAUUAACGAGUUUGGGCUUAGUGAGUCAAGGAGGUGUGUCAUUUAAGUGUCACAGAAAAGGACUAAGUGGAGCCAGCAUCUGCUGGAGGAGGAGAGGGGGUAGAAAGAAAUGUCCCCCAACCACCACCAGCUAAAGAGUUACCUACAGUCCCCCAGCCCAGCUGGCAGCAGGUAAAGGGGCAGUCACAAGCGGAGGAAGGCCAAGUGCCAUGUGGUGUUCUGGUGGAGCUGGGUGAUUGCCACAGCAAGCAUGUAAACCUGUUACCUGCUAGACAGUACAGCAGCGUGGAGUGUAUUUCCGCCUGGAUGGUACAAAGGGAAGUUUUAUGCCAGGGGUCCCUUUUUCCCAGCAUCUUUCCUACUGCCCUUGACCUGUGCCUUCAACCCCAAAGCCCCCCCUUUUCCCUGUCCCUCAUCCCCUGCCUUGCUCUCUGCAGGUGAUUUGAGGAUGAGGGUGGCCAAGGCAGAGAGCUGGGCACUGUUAUGGUCAGUGGCUUGGUGGGGAUGUGUGUCCGUCUCCUGGGAAGCCACUUUCUGGGACGCAGAGAAAAGCAUUCCUGGUAGGGCUGAGCAAACGCUCUAGGGCUGUGAUCAAGGGAUCGAAGACGGGGUGUUCUUGCAGCGAGGUGCUGCUCCCUUCCCUCCUGCCCUGGCCCUGACAGUGGCCCCUUGGCCAUCUUCUGCAGUGAACUCCCUUCUCGUAAAGGGCUGAAAACCUCACGCUUCUUCCCCAAAGAGUCUCUCCCAGUUUAAUGUUGAAAUGCCCUGUCUUUCUGCUCCCUGGAAAGACCCAACGGGAGCCCAAACCCCAAAUCUACCAGUGUUACAAGAGUAGCCUCAUACCCCUUAACACACCCUGAGGCACACUUGCAUCUGUAACAAGGAAGCAGCGAGCCGGGAGGUCAAAAACUAGGAAAGACAGGAAGAGGGGCUUUGUGCAACUGGUGUAAAUAUCAAAACACAACGUUGACUUGAGUUCCUCGUGGCUGGGGACGGAUGAUCAAAGCACUGCAUCAGGGCAGCAGCACUCGCCGACUGUGGGACAGGAGAUGACGCCGAGGGCUGUGCGGGGCUGACCGUGGCGCUCGUACCCCUCCGACUGACCCACGCUUCGAGGACUGCCUCCGCUUGUACAGUCCAUGGCAGCUAAACGCUCCUGGGGUUUCCCAAGCAGACUUGCGUUGAAGUGAACCUCUUAAAUUAUUUAUUUAUUUAUUUAUUAUUAUUAUUCUAUUUUCAAUUGUAUGUCAGAAUGGAUGCAGGUGGUCACCAUUACCAGUAUUUAUUUAUUCUUUGUUUGGGGUUGGGGUUUGGUUUUUGGGUUUUUUUUUUGAACAAUAAGUUAUUUUUGGAUCUGUUUGUUUAUUUGUUGGAAUGUAUCCAUGCCACUGUUCUCGUGUAAAGAUUUACAGCGCUGGCCCCUUGGCGCGGUGGCUGGAGGAGUGAUGGUCACGCCGGCUGCCAACGUGUCCCUUCAGCUGUGCUCUCCAGAGCAGGGCAGAGAGCGUGUGACAGCCAGAGGGAUGCAGGGCAGAGCUGUUUGUCUGUUUUCAUGUUAAAAUCUAGGGUUUCUCAUUAGAUUUGUGCAGGAAUGCGAUGGAUGUCACGAAAGAAACGGGUCUAGGACCUCACAGAGGUGACAGCGAGGGUCUGUUUGCCGGCCGGCCGAGCGAAGGGCAGUUUGCAGCGCUGCAAGGGGAAGUCGUGCUCGCCCCGGCCAGGUGCCAGCUGGCGGCGGCUGCUGUUUCCCUUGGCUCCGCAGCCAGCGCACAACCCGAAACUGAGCUGCUCUGCACAGGCACCGCUGGUUUCCCUGGGAGGAUGCCGUCGCUAGGGCUCCCCUGCCGUGUUUGUCACUGCACGAUGACCCACCCAUGGGAAAACUAAAGAAAUGAGGCCGUGAGAGUGUGAUCCGCGCUGAAGAUGUUUGCAAAAUCUAGCCUCUGGUGACAGGAGCUAACCGAGUCUGUGUCUGUGUGUGUGUAUAUGUGCACAUGUGCAUAUACAUAUGAGUUUCCCCUCAGUGGUGGUAUUUAUUUUUUAACUUAUUUCAGAUUUUUAGUACAACUGGAACAUCCCCCUCCCUGUCGGUGGACAACUGGGUUUUCCGUCGGUUUGCGAGAAGCCCACGAGCUUUUCUGUCUCUGUGCCUUUUGCCAGCGCUUUUUCUUUUCUAAUGCUGUUUCGCGCAUUCAUUGCUUUCAUGGAUUUUUGCUCCGCGUCUGGCAUCUCAGAUCGCUGCUGGUGCUCUCUGCAAGGAGCAGCGUUCGCCUGGUGGAAAGGCAACUCGGUCAUUUCGGUGUCGGUGAAUCACUGCCCACCUACGGCCAGAUGCACGAGGGAUGCCCAGGGACAGCCACAGCCUCACACAGAGCAGCAAGGCUUUGCGGAAACAUCUCAGCCAUCUUUUGGAGGCGGUAUCUCAGAGGGGUUUGCUUUCCUCAUACACGGAGGCUCUUUCCCAUCCACAAUUUUGUUUCUGUCCCCAAGCUCCGUGGUUACCUUUCCCUGGCAGAGCGCACGUGGCAGAACCUGCUCCCUGAUGUCCCCCUAAUCCCAGAGUCAUGUCGUCGGCUCUCCCCGCUCCCUGCACCUGCCUUGGCUCUGGGUUUGUGGCACCAAGCGAGGCUCGUCCCUCCUCUCCCAACCCCAGGGCUGGGGCCAGGCUUCAGAAAACCCAACACAGUCUCUGCAGGUUUGCUGGAAAGCAAAGAUAAGGGAUAUUUCAAAGCACUGUUGCGUUCUUUCUUUUCUUCAUGGGUUACCGCACUCGUUGAGCUUUGCUUUAUGUUGACUGCAACUUUUCUCGGUGUUCUUCUUGUUUUGGGGGACUGAAUUUGUACCAAACUUGUCUGCACCAGCCAAUCACUGUUAUUUUGCUAUGCAUUGUACAUAUAUUGAACAGGCUGAGAGGACUUAGCCUCUAUUUAAUAUUUAUUUCAUCUAUUUAUUGAGCAUUACUUUAAAAAAAGCUAUUUGGGUCUUGCCAUUGGGUCCACGAAAGUAGGAGCCUUUGAGGUGUUGCCAUAUACGUUGGAGGGAGGUUAUCAGAGAGGUGAAUUACUGAGGCUGUCACCUGCUGGCAUGGGGCAUCUGACAGACAAAUUAGGCUCAUUUGGAGUCCAACCACCAGUAGAACCUCCUUUAGAUGGAGAUGAACAAGGCAGGGGAAAAUCCUUCACCUCCUUGGACAAGCCUGUACUGACAAAUCACAAAGGUGCUAGGGUUCGGAGAAGACAGGCCAGCCGUGGUGGAGGAAUAACUCUGCCCUUCCUCUUCCAUGCCAUGGAGGGCUGGUUGGAUUGUCAAGGAUCUCCAGGGCUCUCUGAUCUCCCACCACUGACCCCCUCUUCUUGGCUCUCAGUGGUUACUGGGGGAAGGGGAAGACCUGUUGUCCUUUCAUCAAUGCGAGGAGGGGGAUCGGGUUGAAGUGACUUGCUGUGGUCUCUACCAAGAAGCAAGGAUGUCCACCCUGCCCCAUCCCGAGACCUUCAUCCUCAUGCCAUGUCCUGCUUUGCCUCCUUCCCCAAGCUUUGUGCCAUAACCAGUAGCUUUGCCCAAAUGUGAGCUUGGGUAAGGUGGCCAUGGCAGGAUGGAGGAGGGCUCUCCUGUCGUCUCUGAUAUGAGACGGAGCUUGCUGCAGGCAUCCUCCCCCAGCUUUGAAAGAACCAUGGCAUGUGCUAAAAAUCAUGACCAGCCCCAGCGUCACUCCACCGACGCCGCAGCCAUUGUCCUCUUCACCUGAGUGGAAGAUGUUUGUGCUCUGUGGGCAGAGCUGCCUGGACUGGUGGAGGAUGGACGUGGCUCUGGCAUCGGUAGACAAGUGCCCGGGCUGUUCCCAGGAGCUGCAGAGCAUGUGGCCUUGGGAAUAUCAGGAUAUUGGUUUGAGAAAGGGACGCAGUCAGGUGCCUAAGUGAAGACUUUGCCCUUUAGUGUCCAAUGGGGUUUCAUUACCUCUUUACCAAGGAAUAAAUAAUUCUAAUGACUUUUGCUGCUACCUGGAAGUUUGCACAUGACCGGGAGGGUCUCGGAAGCACUGACUGGUACAUCUGCUGUUGUAGCAACAGCUUCAUGGUCAAGCAUCCCGACUUUUGGGCUGUUGCCUAGAGAACAACACCCUGAACCUCACCGGCCCGGGGGCAGCUCUCCACCUUAGAAACCCAGGGAAUGAGAAGAUUUAGAACAAAAGCCAAGACGUGAGAAAAGCCGCGAGGGAAACGGUGUCUCUGUUGGGUGAUUCCUUACGAAAUGACACCGGCGCAUCUGUUCAUUUGACUUCAUUGUAAAACUCCCUUUGCUCUCCAUCGAAAUGCAUACUGUAUUCUUUAGUCUUCCUGGGGUGUUUGAGUUGUUAGCCUGGUUAGAAAAAGGGUUCCAAUAAAGGUUCGGACAGUAAUUCCUUCUCACCACA